CUGCAGCUUUCAGGGCCGCCGAGGUUUUGCCAGUCGCCGUCCACGAUGGAAUUUCUUUUGCCAUUUGCGUUCCAUUGUCUGCCCACCGCUGCUUGUCUGGUCGCAGGAAAGCUAUGGACGCCUGCUCUCCUCGGCCCCAGUCCUUCGUCCCCACGUUGUCAUGAUCCCUCUCCUCCUGCGACGCCCGCUCCGGAGCCCUUUCCGCAUCCUCUGUCUCUCCUCCGUGCGCGCCGCCUCUACCAAGACCAAGACCUCAACCCGCUCCAAGAAAGAGGCCAAAGAUGACAAGCCUAAUCCCAUAAUAACCCCCGGCUCCGAAAACCACAAUGACCUUCCCUCCUUCCUCGCCUACGCCGAACGCGUCGGCCUUACCUCCGAGAAGACCGUCUACGUCGGCACACACUACGAAUACAUAGUUGCACAGUCGCUGGCCCGACUGGGCUUCGGCCUCGUACGCACUGGACGCGCAUCCGACUUUGGCAUCGACCUGCUCGGCACAUGGACGCUACACAUCCCCCGCAACAGCAACGAGGCCACCGAUCCUCCGCCUCCCCCGAAACCAAAGACGAAACGACGCUCCGCUGCGAAACCGCCCCCGCACGACCAACAGAUCCUGCGCGUGCUCAUACAAUGCAAGAACACGAACAUCGCCCCGGGCCCCAAACACAUUCGCGAAUUGGAGGGAGCGUUCACGGGCGCGCCGGCGGCUUGGCGCUCCGCGGGCGACUUUCUCGGCCUGCUCGCGUGCACGCAGAAGGCGACGCGUGGCGUGAUUGACGCGCUGGCGCGCAGCCGCUGGCCCAUGGGCUUUUUGAAGGUGAAUCCGGGCGACGGCCGCGUCGAGCAGUUCGUCUGGAACCCGAGCGCGCGCCAGCGCGGCCUCGAGGGCUUGGGCGUCACGCUCAGGUAUCUGCCACAGGUGGGGGACGGGGCCGACGCGCGAGUGCGUACGGAUGUGGCGUUGACGUGGGAGGGGCGCAAGCUAGCGUAUGCGCACGUGGAGGGGCCUGGGGCGCUGGAGGAGGAGUUGAGGGAGGAAUUGAGUGAGGGAAAGGCUGGAACUAAGGCUGCGGCCGAUGUGGCGGGCGAGGAUGCUGCGUCGACUGAAGCCGCUGCUGCUAACACCAAUUCUGAUAGUCAGGCUGAUGGUGUAGCCGCCGCUGCAGGAGGAGCCACUCCAGGAGAAGACGCUCCCGCGCCGGCUGACGCAGAAGCAGAAGCAGAAAACGCAGAGCCCCCUCCCCCACCCAAAAAGCGCCGCGGCCGCCCGCCCAAGAAGCGCGAACCGGAAGCCGAUCCGGCCUGAUCGAGGCACGCAGCGCAGCCACUUCCCAUACCGUGUCUCCCGCGCACGUCACCGAUGCCCGAGUGUUCCGCAUAGAGAUGAUGCUCUGUCCGGCGUCCUGGUCUGCUCUACGUCUGCUGUGGAUGUGGGUGGAGGGACGCAUGAGGAGCGGGCAGGUCGCUGGUGUGCAAUGCAUAUGUAUGCACGUGGGUUGAGGAGGUUGUUUGUCAGUAUGAGGAACUUUACUUCACGUCAAGCUCCCUUCUGGUCAAUCGGUCCUUCACAUGUGUUUAUAUCUGAUCCUUGCACAAUAAGAUAUUACUGGGCACAUCUAUUGGACAAUCCGAAAUCCUGAUACAUCGGACUUGACGAGGCUGCGGGGUAAGCCCAGAGCUGCGCCGCAAUUUUAUGGAUAUAACUACGCAAUGCCGAGCCUGUUGAGAGCUAGACACAAAACGAUGAAGC